GUGUGUUUGUGGUGCUUCAGUUUACAGCACCGUGGUUCGUGGUUUGUUUUGAUUUUUCGCGUUUCGGUGUGAUUUUGGCGUUUUCGCACCAAACAGUGUGCACUGUGGCACUCAGUCCAAGCUGAUCAUUCGGCCCCGUUGUGUUACAAACAUCGCUAACGAUCGUUCGCUAUUCGUCGAGAGGCGCGCGCGACGGAAACUUGACUACAUUCUCACUCUCCGAAUUCGAUGGUGUGUAAUUGUGACAAAUCCAUCCAAAUGCAAAUCGAUCAAAACCAUCAACAAUUUUUUUAAUUAAUCACGAUUAUUUCACAAUUACAAUUUAUAAAUUCGUAUCAGGUAAAAAAAAGCUGCGCUAAUCAAAAUCGACGAAAUUUGAUUCGCAACACAAAAAUCGACUGAAUCUUUCCUAUGAAAAACUAUUACGAACCGAAAAUUGAGUGAAUUGAGUCAUGUUUCAAGUGAACAUUUUUCUUUUGGAAGUGUACAAAAUAGACCAAAAAUCCAAUUGAAAAUGUUGUGUUUAUUUCAGAGGGAAAAAAUUUGAUUUUAAAGUGAACAAAUUGCAACUAUUUAUCAAAAAGGUUCAUUUACAAAAACGUUCGCGGACUGUUUAGAAGAGAGCCAACCAAAUAAAUCAACGAAUUUUUAAUAAUUUUAUAGAUAAAUUGGUGAAAAGAUUGUGAUCAAGUGAGGUUCUAGUGGACAUUUACAAUACAUUUUUCAUUAUUUCGUAGACCAAAACUUUCAAAUUUACUUGUGAAACUAAAACAGUGAACAGUGAAAGAGAAAAACAUAAGUUACAAUGGAUUUCUCUGGGACAAAUAUGAAACCAUUUUUAACCGGAUAUCCAUUCCAAGGUCAGGGUCGUGUUAAUCAGUUGGGUGGUGUUUUCAUCAAUGGUCGUCCGCUUCCGAAUCACACACGUCUGAAAAUCGUUGAAAUGGCCGCUGCCGGCGUUCGACCGUGUGUCAUUUCGCGACAGCUUCGUGUGUCGCACGGCUGCGUCUCAAAGAUCCUGAACCGCUAUCAAGAGACUGGCUCGAUUCGUCCUGGAGUGAUAGGUGGAUCAAAGCCAAAGGUGGCCACGCCUGAAAUCGAAUCUCGCAUCGAAGAUCUGAAGAAAUUGAAUCCAAACAUCUUUAGCAAUGAAAUUCGCGAAAAAUUAAUCAAGGAAGGUGUUCCGGAUCCGCCGAGCGUGUCAUCCAUAAAUCGACUGUUGCGUGGCUCUGAUCGUCGUGACGAUGACGGAAGAAAGGAUUACAGCAUCCAUGGCAUUUUGGGCGGCCGCACUUCAGACUCCAGCGACACCGAAUCGGAGCCAGGCAUUCCAUUGAAACGGAAGCAGAGACGAUCACGUACCACAUUCACUGGUGAACAGCUCGAUGCGUUAGAGAGAAGUUUUAGCCGAACGCACUAUCCCGAUGUGUACACACGCGAGGAAUUGGCCCAAUCGACACAACUUACUGAAGCCAGAAUCCAGGUUUGGUUCAGUAAUCGUCGUGCACGAUUGCGCAAGCACACGGGUUCGAAUAAUAUGCCAAAUAUGGGACCACCAAUGUCAGCGCUGUCAAUGCCACAGUAUUCAGGGAAUUUAAAUAAUCCAAAUCAAACGGAUGUGCAUCAAAUACCAACUCAUUAUGAUCACUUGGUACAGCAAUCACAGCACAGUGGCUAUGCGGCCGGCUUUCAUCACAAUGCCGGUUUAAUGCCACAAAAUUAUUCGGGUUCGGUACAUUUUCAGCCGUCACUUGAUUACGGCACAAAGCUGGCCAACGAAGAUUACAAAUAUUCAACUGAUCAAAUAGCGAAAAUGACAACCACACCGCCACCACCAGCGCCGCCACAGCAAACAGCCGUAUCGCUAUCAGCACAGCCAUCGUCCACAUUACCAACUGCAAUCAAAUCCUACAGCGAGCACAUGUCCGAAACGAAUUGGAAUCAAAUGUACGGACAUCAUCAGGUCUACGGUCCACCCAAUGAGUACAGUCAAAUGCAACAGAAUUACACCAAUCCAAAUGCAAAAUAUUGGUCAUGAAUCGAUUGAAAGCAAUUGCAGAAUCGAAAGGUUAAUAAAAGAAAUGGCAAAACGUAUACAAUUUCUGUUUUUCUUUUUGACGAACACGACACAUCAUCCCUCAUUGAUUCCAGUGGAAAAAAAAUGAAUUAGUAAAUUGUUUUAUCGGCAGUGUAAGAUGUGGAGAAAUAUCAUUUGACUUGAUAUUUUACCGCGACCAAUGCGCACGUUCACUUCAACGAAAAUUUGAGAAAAAGAGAAUUCGAAGCAAUUAAUCAUACCAAAACCUAGUUUUUAUAGGCAGGAUUAUUAAUACAAAUAAAUAUGUAAGAUUUUGGCUCAAUGUUCUCAGUUUCCAUGAUAAACUAUUUUUUAUUAAGUAAAAGGAUCACAAGAAAAUUGUGUAGGAAAAUUGAUGUUUAAUGUUUACGAACAACAAAUCAAAUUCAGUUCACUUUCACAUUUCAUUCUCAAUUUGUUGCUUUAUUAGUGGAUAGAUGCAACAGCAUUUGGAUUUGCAAUUAGAUGAAUCAAAAGCGGAAAACCGUAAGAUUAUUCAAAUGCGAAAAAAUAAGCAAAUUAACAUUUAUUUUAUACACACCAUACCAUUGAAGACAACGACGACGACGACGACGACGACUACGAUGAUGAUGAGUGCGCCGCGCAUUGUGUGGCUGCAACAGAAACGUUUCAGUAAAAUGCUUAAAAAAAAGUUUCUAAUUCUCUAAAUAGGUUUCAUAAUUUAUUUUGUAUUAGUUCAAGUGGCAGCAAAUUGUAGAUUGUAGCAAACGCUAGUGCAUAAAUUGAUAGUAAUAGAAAUAAUAAUCACGAUUUAAUAUAAUAAUAAACGUAAUGUUGAAGAGGUGAAAACUCCCACUUUAGCUAUAUUUGAGAGCAACAUACGGCUAUUAAGGACAUAAGGCAUUGGCAAAGAUAAAAUGCUUACCAUUUGGCACACACUUGAAAGGAGUACACAUUGCACACUCCAUAGUGCACACACAUGAUUCAGAGUGUAUGUUUGCAAGCGAAGCGUUUGCGCGUAAAAUUUUAUGUCUUGCAUUAAUUCCUACGUUCGGUGCUACGCGUUUCAUUUUUUUCUUUCUUCAAAAUUAAACAAAGUGCGCGCAGAUUAUUUUCCUCUCUCGCUUCAAGUUAAGAGCACCUAAUUUGGACCAAUAAUUAGAAUGAACAUGGAAAUUUUUGUGCGUUAGAGUUCCAGUUACUAUAAAUAGCUUAUACGAUGAUUUUUUUCUGUGUAAAGAAACCAAAUGAAACUGAAACGUAAUUUUAAUAACAUGUGAAAAUUUAGAUUCAGAUUUUUUUUUCGGCCGCCUUUUUACUCCACAUAUCGAAUCAUUAUCAUCAUCAUCACGAAAUCAUCGACUACACAUUAUUUUCUCGAAAAAUGAUGAGCUAUGAUGAACAAUUUGCCUUAAAUCCAUAAUCAUUCUCAUAAAUAUUUCACCGUUUGAUAUAGAUCUUUGCCUUUGAUAUUUUGCUAAAUACACUUUUCAGAAAACAACAAACAAACGAACAACAAAAAAGAACACAUAUCAAUAACUCACAAUAUUCAUUAACUAUUCAUUUAUUCACAACAAAAUGAAAUAAUGCCUUGCAUUUACAAUGCAGCUCAACAAUUUGUGUCUUAGAAGCGUUCAAAUGAAUCGAAUUAAGAUAGAUUACCUGAUGAAUAAAAUGUAGCUAUUUAAUAAAGAUGAAUGUAUAAAAACAAA